AUAAGCGCCACAAUGAUUGUCAGAUAUUGUAAUGAUAAACCACCCAUUUUGUCAUAAAGAUUGAAAACGUAACUGACUAUUCAGUCCGUGUAUUUAAACGACGUUAGUCCUGUCUUGAUAGCAUACAGUUUUAUUUUGGUGUGCAUUUGGUAAGGAUUGCGCUUUGACUGGGCGAGUCGGUUAAGGUGACAUUUACCUUGACCAUUCAAAAUGUCCUUGACCCAGGAACAGUGUGAGACGUUCUGGAACUCCGCGGACAAGAACGGGGACGGCUUUCUGACCAUUCAGGAACUUGCCGUCGCCCUGAGCCUGAGGGGUUACCGCGACCCAAGGAGUAAACUUACUGACAAGGACAUCGCUUUUAUGUUCAAUUCCAUCGACAAGAGUCAAGACCAUAAGAUCUCUAAGGCAGAAUUCUUCGAUGAAAUGAGCAAACCCCUUCGCUCCCAAACGCUCGAGGACACUUUUACAGCGUUCGACAAAGACGGAAAUGGUUCCCUGUCUCGUUCUGAACUCGAGGCUGUGGUCCGCGCUUCGAAGUGCUUCAAACCAGAAGAGAUCCAAGCUGCAAUAGCGGAAAUAUUUAACACCGCAGACAUCAAUCAUGACGGAUCUGUCAGUCUCGAAGAGUUCUUGUCUGUCGUUAGCUAACACGCACGCUUUCCCGACCGAGUCCGAGUCCGCCAUGUUUUGUCACACGUCGUCCGUUCAAUGACGCCUUUACUCGGACAUUUAUUCGGUCUUAAUUGUGGAUUUGUUUUCAUCUCUGGAAAAUAAUAUAACACGCAAUGCGCAUUGUAUCCAUACCGUGAAGUCACUGCGAUCUUGUAAUCCUGUAUACUUAGCUGCGAAACGCAUCGCGAAUUGCUUAUGAUUAUCUACACCAAUCAAUAAUCCUGUCGUAUUCAUACACUUUUGAAUUACUCAUUUACGUACGGCUCGUACGAUACUCGAACUCAUGACCCACUGUGUACAUGCCCUUCAUUCUACCAACUUAAAUAUUGAUUUUAAUCCACAAUAACAUAAGUUAAAACAUUCCUGUGUUGUUAUGCUUCAAAUUCAAAGUAAAAGUCAAUGUCAUAUUAUUUUCAUGCAUGGAACUCAAAACAUAUUGUCGCAGCAACCACAUUGCUUGGCGUUAAAUUACACACGUCAGAAUGAUCCGGUAUGUAUUCCAUGCGCGAUGUGAAAAAUAGGGCGAAACAUUGGUUUUAUGAAUUUCACUGUUAUUGUUUAAAUUAUACUUCUUCCAUAUUCACCGAUUAGUAAUAUGCACCAUUUUUUAAAGCUAAUAUUGUCCGAUAGACCAACAGCAAGUUAUAUGAGCCUCGAUCUGGGAAAACUGAGCCUAACGCAUGUGCGUAAAGUGUCGUCCUAGAUUAGCCUGUGCAGUCCGCAAAGGCUAAUCAUAAACGAUCUUUCCACCGUAACCGGAUUUUUGUUAAGAAAGGACCUUUUUUAAACGAAAAUUUCGAUAAAAGCGGGAAGUGUCGUCCCUGAUUAGCCUUUGCAGACUGCUUAUCAGGGACGACACUUUAUGCACAUAUGUUUAGCCCAGAUUUCCCAGAACGAUGCUCAUAUAAGAUAUUGAGUUUGAAUCCAACUGGAGCUAUAUGUGUCGAAAAAAUAUAUAGAGUUACACUGCACGAUUUCACAAAAUAUUAUUUGAAUAAUAUAAAGAUAUUUAUGAAAACUGAA